AAAGCAAAAAAAUAAAAUAAAAAGGAAUAAAAUAAAAAUAAAAAGUAAAAGCUAUAUGUUUAUAAAUGGCGAACCCGCUCAACAUAAAGAGUUCAAGAGCAAUCCUUAUCCCCUGUCGGACAAACAGAGCAUACAGUUCACUCUGUUUCCUCUGCCUAUCUCUGUUUUCCAUUGCAGCCUUCGCUGCCUUUUAAGCCUCUGUCUCAAUGCUCCGAAACCUCAAAUCUGCCUUCGUCUCUUUUCUUAUGGAAGCAGUUUUCCUCUUUUCUCUGUUCAGAGAAAUGGUUGCCAAUGAAGCUUUGAUGAAAACUCAAUUCCCUUUCGAGUAACAACUCCAAAAAAAAAAAAAAAACCUUCUGCUAUUUUGUCUCUCAAGUCCUAAAUGCAAAUGGAUUCAUUCAAUUUCUUCAACAUCAGAGCUGAGAAGGCGAACGCUAUGCUAAAGAAUCGCCAGCUUCAGAAGAUGGUAAACUUGUUCUGGGUAAUCGAGGUAUGCGUUGUUCUUGUCACGAUUUCCAGGCUUUCCAUGCAACUCCCACUUGCUGUCAAGAACUCCACCGGGUAUUUCCGUGACGUGACAUUCUCCUUGGUUAAUCCUCGCUUCCUGUUCGUCGUCGGAAAUGCUAUAAUCAUCACUCUUUUCGCCAAGUCCGGGCAGUUUUCAGCUCAAGAUUGCACAAAAAAGACCUCAGGGUCUGAUCUUUACGAGGAGUUCAUCAACAACAGAGCAAAUUCCAAGCAUAGUAUAUCUGAUCAGAGUCAUCAGAGUAUGGCUAAGGAUUACUGGAGGAGUCAGAGUUACUCGCAGAUAUCAAACAGCCGAGGGAAGAGUAUUGUUUCUUGUGAGAGCUCGGCCAAAAGUUCAAAUGCUGAGGAUGAAAUGAGCAACGAAGAGUUCCAGCGAAAGGUGGAGGCUUUCAUUGCCCGGCAGCAAAGGCUUUUAAGGGAAGAAGACUGCUCUCUAUGUAUUUUCUCCAAAUAGGAUAAUUGUCACUUCAGGCGUAUCGGAUCCUUUAGGAAGCAAUGGGGCCAGCUGAUUUUGCUUGCUUCUCUUUACGAUCAGAGAUGAUGUAAUUAGGUGAUCAAGAGAUUUCUGCUUCAUAAUA